AGGUUGAUGUGUUUUAUGUGUCUCUCUCCCAGGUCUCUGGAGCAGCUGCUGGUUUCUCUCCAGUGGGGUCGACAGCAGACCUACUACCCCAGUGCCCAGCCACUCAGCACGGGAGAACUAGCUCUGGCCAAUCACAAGCUGGCAGAAGCCAUCAACUCCCGCCUGCUGGGUAAGGUAGGGAGCAGCAGUGGAGCCGUGCUGGGGAAAGGAAGACAGGCCUCGGAGCUCCCGAACACCUCACACACGCCUGCUGAGAAGAUGGCUGAGAAGGUGUUGAAGAUCCUGGACCCUAUUUCCUGUUCAGACAACGAGGAAGAAUCCUCCCCCCUCUCUCUCUCUGACUCCUCCCCCUCGGCCUUCCUGACCAAGAAGAAGAGCAUCGGCCGGUUCCACCCUUACACGCGCUAUGAGAACAUUACCUUCAACUGCUGCGAGCGCUGCAGCGGAGACAUCCUGGUACUCUAGGGGUCAGAGGGCAGGGGUCGUGACCUUUAAACCUGGACAGGUCAACGCAGGCCGCUGUGAGGAACACCAGUCUCUCUCCGUCGAACCGUCUGGUUUCACAGCGGCCUCAGAACGGGACUUGACUGGAAGUAUGGCAGAAGCGGACGAAACAACCGCUGGUUUUAAUUGGCUGAUCUCUCAGUCCAUCACUGUCUCAUAACCCUUAGAACCUCCCACUACGUUGUGGGCUUCAGAACGUGAUUUAAACAAGGAAGUGAUUUAAACAAGGAAGUGAUUUAAACAAGGAAGUGAUUUAAACAAGGAAGUGAUUUAAACAAGGAAGUGAGUUCGGAAAAUCUGAAAGUACUCAUCUUAGAAUCGAUUUGGGCUUCCCCAAAAUAAUAUGGUCAAAAUGAUAUAACACGUGUCAAAGUCAUUCCGCGGACGGCCGAGUGUCUGUGGGUUUUUGAUCCUUCCCUGUACUUGACUGAUGAAUUGAGGUCACUAAUUUAGAAGGAACUGCCCUCAUCUGGUUGUCUAGGUUACUCAUUUAGAAGGAACUCCCCUCACCUGGUUGUCUAGGUUACUAAUUAGUAAGGAACUGCCCUCACCUGGUUGUCUGGGUUACUAAUUAGUAAGGAACUCCCCUCACCUGGUUGUCUAAGUUACUAAUUAGCAAGGAACUGCCCUCACCUGGUUGUCUAGGUUACUAAUUAGGAAGGAACUCCCCUCACUUGGUUGUCUAGGUUACUAAUUAGUAAGGAACUCCCCUCACCUGGUUGUCUAGGUUACUAAUUAGUAAGGAACUCCCCUCACCUGGUUGUCUAGGUUACUAAUUAGUAAGGAACUCCCCUCACCUGGUUGUCUAACUCUUUGAGAGAAGGUUACACCAGACCUGACAUUAGACGGUCAUUCAUAAGGGAGGGAGAUGAGGAAAGGAAACAUUUUAAGACUGUUGGGACUAGCUUUUAGCUAGUGAGUCAUGACGUCAUGAUGCCCUCAGUGUUAGAGACAGCAUCUAUUGAGAGAACCCUGCUGAACACUAGUGAGUCAUGACGUCAUGAUGCCCUCAGUGUUAGAGACAGCAUCUAUUGAGAGAACCCUGCUGAACACUAGUGAGUCACGACGUCAUGAUGCCCUCAGUGUUAGAGACAGCAUCUAUUGAGAGAACCCUGCUGAAGACUAGUGAGUCAUGAUGCCCUCAGUGUUAGAGACAGCAUCUAUUUAGAGAACCCUGCUGAAGACUAGUGAGUCAUGAUGCCCUCAGUGUUAGAGACAGCAUCUAUUGAGAGAACACUGCUGAAGACUAGUGAGUCAUGAUGCCCUCAGUGUUAGAGACAGCAUCUAUUGAGAGAACCCUGCUGAAGACUAGUGAGUCAUGAUGCCCUCAGUGUUAGAGACAGCAUCUAUUGAGAGAACCCUGCUGAAGACUAGUGAGUCAUGAUGCCCUCAGUGUUAGAGACAGCAUCUAUUGAGAGAACACUGCUAAAGACUUGAACUCAGGCUAAGGUGCUAUUUAUUAAAAAUUAAAUAUAAUGUAUAUAGAAAAACACUCCUCAAUGAUGUUAUUAUUAUUUUUAAACCUUUAUUAAACUAGGCAAGUCAAAUUCUUAUUUACAAUGACGGCCUACCUGGGCAGAACGACAGAUUUUUACCUUGUUCAGCUUGGGGAUUCGAUCCAUCAACCUUUCGGUUACUGGCCCAACGCUCUAACCACUAGGCUACCUGCCGUCCCUCCACUCUAACCACUAGGCUUGCUGCCGCCCCUCCACUCUAACCACUAGGCUACCUGCCGCCCCUCCACUCUAACCACUAGGCUACCUGCCGUCCCUCCACUCUAACCACUAGGCUACCUGCCGUCCCUCCACUCUAACCACUAGGCUACCUGCCGUCCCUCCACUCUAACCACUAGGCUUCCUGCCGCCCCUCCACUCUAACCACUAGGCUACCUGCCGCCCCUCCACUCUAACCACUAGGCUACCUGCCGCCCCUCCACUCUAACCACUAGGCUUCCUGCCGCCCCUCCACUCUAACCACUAGGCUUCCUGCCGCCCCAGCAGUAUGAUUCACCAUCAGGUUUUUAUUCUGUGUUAUAUUUAUUAAAUUGAUCUGAUGACUAUUGUAGAUGUGGAGAAACAGGAGAGGCAGGACUGAGGUCAGAGGUUGUUGCAGACAGACAGGUUAUAGAUGUGGAGAAACAGGAGAGGCAGGACUAUGGUCAGAGGUUGUUGCAGACAGACAGGUUGUAGAUGUGGAGAAACAGGAGAGGCAGGACUAUGGUCAGAGGUUGUUGCAGACAGACAGGUUAUAGAUCAGGAGAGGCAGGACUAUGGUCAGAAGUUGUUGCAGACAGACAGACAGGUUUUUAGUUGAAAGGUAAAAGGUUCCCUACGUAUUCAAAGGUAUUUCUGUUCUGUUUGAAUCGGGAUCCAUUGAAGUGGGGAAGUUACACGAAGAUGUUGCUGUCUCGGCAGUUUGCACUGGGAUGAGGCAGAAAGGCAUUGUAUCUGCUGUCCAGGGAGAUUUGAUCAGAAAUCAUCUGAUACCCAAUGAUAUUAGAUCUAUAUUUGUGUGGAAAGGUUAAAGUGCCUUCAGGAAGUGUUCACACCCCUUGACUUUGUCCACAUUUUGUUGACAAAAAAAUUGUCGCUGUCCUACACACAAUACUCUAUAAUGUCAACGUGGAAUUAUGUUUUCAGAAAAUGUUUACAAAUUAAUAAAAAAAUUAAAAGCUGAAA